CUCCCGUCUGCUCUCGCUCUCGGCAGCCACCGUCUCUUUUCUCCCUCUCUCCUUUGAAAACUGAUCUUUGGCUCUUAGUGUGAAAGUGAUUUGAAUUUGGCUCGGCGGCGCUCUGCGCCUGCGCUCAGCCUCUGGCAUGCUGGCUCCUUCCAAGCAGCUGUUUUGGGUUUGAAAUUCCAACAUGGCAGAGGCUGCAGUCCGUCUUCCCUUCAAAAACUUGGAAUGAUUUCAAAUCAUAGGCACCUUCACUUAACCCUAGCUUCCAUUCAUCAGCAAACACAUCGGAUCGAUGCUACGCUAACCCAGCGCGUUCUCACGACGCACCUUCAGGUUAAAUGAAUACCUGACGAAAGGGCCCACGUUUCAAGGCAGUGACAUUUGAUAGCUGAGAGGAAAAGUGGCUUUAAUGAAAAGCAACCUUUGGAAUUCCUGCUUGUGAGAAAUCCAAUUCAGCUUUUUGUGCUGCCAGCAAGAAAUGAUCAGUAGCACCAGUGUUUAUGGCUUGAAGAUGCAGUGGACGCCAGAGCAUGCUCAGUGGCCAGAACAGCACUUUGACAUCACCUCAACCACUCGGUCUCCUGCCCACAAAGUGGAAGCCUACAGAGGUCAUUUGCAGCGCACCUACCAGUAUGCCUGGGCAAAUGAUGACAUAUCUGCUCUGACAGCAUCCAACCUCCUAAAAAAAUACGCAGAGAAGUAUUCUGGCAUUUUGGAAGGUCCUGUAGAUCGCCCGGUACUCAGCAACUAUUCAGAUGCACCAACAGGACUAGUGAAUGGUCGGAAAAAUGACAGCGAACCCUGGCAGCCUUCCUUGAAUUCAGAAGCCGUCUAUCCCAUGAACUGUGUUCCAGAUGUCAUCACAGCCAGCAAAGCUGGAGUCACUUCAGCCCUCCCUCCAGCAGAUGUCUCUGCAAGCAUAGGGAGCUCUCCCGGGGUGGCCAGCAAUCUGACCGAACCUAGUUAUUCCAGUAGUACCUGUGGAAGCCACACUGUACCUAGUCUUCAUGCAGGGCUUUCAUCUCAGGAAUAUGCCCCAGGAUACAACGGAUCAUAUUUGCAUUCUACAUACAGUGGCCAGCCGGCACCUGCACUUCCUUCCCCUCAUCCAUCUCCUUUGCAUAGCUCUGGGCUCCUGCAGCCACCACCACCACCUCCUCCUCCACCAGCCCUAGUCCCAGGCUACAACGGGACUUCUAACCUCUCCAGUUACAGCUAUCCCUCUGCUAGCUAUCCUCCUCAGACUGCUGUGGGGUCUGGGUACAGCCCUGGGGGUGCCCCCCCUCCUCCUUCAGCAUACCUGCCUUCAGGAAUUCCUGCUCCCACCCCCCUGCCUCCCACCACAGUUCCUGGCUACACCUACCAGGGUCACGGUUUGACACCUAUUGCACCCUCGGCAAGUUCUCUGAAACGGAAAGCUUUCUAUAUGGCAGGGCAAGGAGAUAUGGACUCCAGUUAUGGAAAUUACAGCUAUGGCCAACAGAGAUCGACACAGAGUCCUAUGUACAGAAUGCCCGACAACAGCAUUUCAAACACCAACCGGGGGAAUGGCUUUGACAGAAGUGCUGAAGCAUCAUCCUUAGCAUUUAAGCCAACGAAGCAGCUAAUGUCCUCUGAACAGCAAAGGAAAUUCAGCAGCCAGUCCAGUAGGGCUCUGACCCCUCCUUCCUACAGUACUGCUAAAAAUUCCUUGGGCUCCAGAUCUAGUGAGUCUUUUGGGAAAUACACGUCGCCAGUAAUGAGUGAGCAUGGGGACGAGCACCGGCAGCUCCUCGCUCACCCAAUGCAAGGCCCUGGACUCCGGGCAGCUACCUCAUCAAACCACUCUGUGGAGGAGCAGUUGAAGAAUACUGACACGCACCUCAUUGACUUGGUAACCAAUGAGAUUAUCACCCAAGGACCUCCAGUGGACUGGAAUGACAUUGCUGGUCUCGACCUGGUGAAGGCGGUCGUCAAAGAAGAGGUGUUAUGGCCAGUGUUGAGGUCAGAUGCAUUCAGUGGGCUCACGGCCUUACCUCGAAGCAUCCUUUUAUUUGGACCUCGGGGAACAGGCAAAACCUUAUUGGGUAGAUGCAUAGCAAGUCAGCUGGGGGCCACGUUUUUUAAAAUUGCUGGUUCGGGACUGAUUGCCAAGUGGUUAGGAGAAGCCGAAAAAAUCAUCCAUGCCUCCUUCCUUGUGGCCAGGUGUCGCCAGCCCUCGGUGAUUUUUGUUAGUGACAUUGAUAUGCUUCUCUCUUCCCAAGUGAAUGAGGAACACAGUCCAGUCAGUCGCAUGAGAACCGAAUUUCUGAUGCAGCUGGACACUGUACUAACUUCAGCUGAGGACCAAAUCGUAGUAAUUUGUGCCACCAGUAAACCAGAAGAAAUAGAUGAAUCUCUUCGGAGGUACUUCAUGAAACGACUUUUAAUCCCACUUCCUGACAGCACAGCCAGGCACCAGAUAAUAGUACAACUGCUCUCACAGCACAAUUACUGUCUCAAUGACAAGGAGUUUGCACUGCUC